CAGAAUACUUCAGAUGCUUCCGAGCCACGGAACGGGACGGACGCGCGCGUUUGUUGGUGUCGAGUCGUGAGUCCGUGCGGUAUCGUGUUCCUUUUUCCCCUCCUUCGCCCCUCCUCCCUUUGCUCCGAGAAAAGAGACUGACACCCCGGCUGCGGUAAGGGUAGACACCCCGCGAAUACAUUCGAUUGAGUAACUCGCGCGCGCUUCGAGGCCCACCUUCAAUCGUUCGUCGUUCCUCGUCGUCGUCGUCGUCGUCGUUUUUUUUCCUCCUCCCUCCUUUCCCCCCCCCCCUCCUCCCUCAUGCGUCGUCCGAGCACGCGGUCGAGCACGCGCCGACCCGAGAUGCGCCACCAGGUAUUUAUGUAGUACCGACCACCGCCGCCUUCGAGCGUCGCACACCCGCCACCCCCGUCGCAUCGGAAGGGAGGAAACAACCACCCCGGCAUCCCUCGAGGAAGACUCGUCGCCGUCGUCCCCGUCGUCGCCGUCGCCGUCGGGCAGCGUGAGUGAGAAGGCGAGGAAGAAGGCGAGAGAGAUAUUCCGAUUCCGGAUUCGGGAACGGAAGUGGAGCCGACGACGAUGGAUCAGAAACGCGUGUACAAGUUGGUGCUGACCGGAGGACCAUGCGGCGGCAAGACAACCGGGCAGGCCAGGCUGUGCACCUUCUUCGAGAACAUGGGCUGGAAGCAUUCAAAUUUCAGGAAAAUCUUUUGCGCACGAUGAUACAAAUCGAGAACACGUUCUUUCAACUGGGUGAGAGCUGUUCGAGGAAUUGCCUGAUCAUCUGUGAUCGCGGUGCUAUGGACGCCUCCGCCUUUAUUUCGAAAGAUAAGUGGGAGCUCAUGAUGGCCUCGAACGGAUGGAACAACGUCGAACUAAGAGACAACAGAUAUAACCAGAUCCUCCACAUGGUUUCGGCCGCGAACGGCGCUGAGGAGUUCUACUCGACGGAGGAACACGCGUGUCGCUCCGAGGGUGUCGAACUUGCUCGGGAGCUGGAUUAUAAGGCCGCGGCUUCCUGGGUGGGCCACCCAUACUUCGACGUUAUCGACAACUCGCAGGAUUUCGAGUCUAAGAUCUGCCGGAUGAUCGAGUGCGUGUGCCAGAAACUGGGCAUCGACACCGGCGACCGGUUGCGCGCCAGCAGUCGCAAGGUCAAGUUCCUCGUGAAGGCGCCGCUGCCGGCGGACAGCGAGUUCCCGCCUUUCCAGGACUUCGACGUCGUGCAUAAUUACCUCCAAAGCAACAAUCCCAAGAUGCAGGCCCGUCUACGCAAGCGCGGCCAGAAAGGUCACUGGUCAUAUAUCCACACGAUUCGCCGACCGAAGAUGUGCGGCCAAGUGAUCGAGGUGAAGACCCAACUGACGCACCGAGACUACCUGAACAUGUUGGCCCAGCGCGACGAUUCGCACUUCACUAUCUUCAAGCGUCGCCGUUGCUUUCUCAUCAACAAUCAGUAUUUCCAGUUAGACAUAUACAGAGAACCGGCGCAUCCCAGAUGUCGAGGCUUGAUGUUGCUCGAGACCUACACGGCGUUGACGGGUGACGAGCUGAAAAACAUUCUGCCUCAAUUCCUGACGAUUGAGAAGGAGGUCACCGGCAAUCCGGAUUAUAGCAUGUUCAAUCUCAGCUUACGCGAAGAAUGGAAUAGCACCAAUAAAUAUUGCCACGGCAUCAUGCAAUUGGCAGAGAGUCAAAGUGCCCCGAUCUCGAAGAGUCUAACGACCGAAGUGCAAAGUAACGGACUCGAUUUCAAAACCAGCAGCGCAUUGGGUUCGAUUACAAACCGUCAGCAAGCGAUCGUCAAGAAGAGCAUCCAAAACGGUCUGACGAACGGUAAAGCGACGUUCGCCGAGCGAUGUAACAUGAACGGCGACGGCCAAAAGCUGGAAGUGCGCAAUUCGACCAUGAGGCCGGAGGAGAGUUUGCGAGAGUUAAAGGUCGAUAAACCGCAAAAGAACGGAUUUGAUUAAUAGAUUCUAAUGCGGAAAACUGAGUAACAGUAAAGUCUUUUAAUAAUAAGCGAUUCGCGAAUAUUCCGAGCUGUAGCACAGGGACUUAACGUUAUCAGUGUCGGCGCGAAUUAUCUGAAUUAAUAUUGAAUGAACUACUAGUGCGAUAGUCUUCUAUAUAAAAUUUCACAGAUAAUAUCUAUUUUUUAAUCAAACUUGCGUGUCGUACUUAAGGAACUUUCAUGAAAGGUCUUACGGUCAGUUUCGUCAACGUCGAUUAAACUUGGAUCAGAAUCAAGAGAUCCAGUGUAAAUCUUUCGAAAAUUUACGACGAAAUUUCAGAAAGUCUCAAGAUAUCUAAAAAAUUUUUGAAUAAUACAUUUGUCAUUCUCUCAACAUUUUCUUACAAUUUUAAAAAAUUCCUAAAAUUUUAAAUGAAGAAAUAUUUGGAGGGAAAUGUCGAUUAUAUAUACAUAUAUAUAUAUAAAAUUGUCACUUUCGUCAAAUGCUUGUGUGAUAUUUAAUAUCGAUUUCUGGUAAAAAUUAAGUUUUACCAGAUUCACCGUAACUUAUUAUCACUCCUUUUUAAAUUUCCGCAUGAAAGAAGAGAAGAAUGAGCCAAAGAGAUAAGUUAGAGAUGAAUUGAACAAGAGCUAAAGUUACGCGACAUUGAUGAAACGAGGUCCUAGCAUGUUUUCAAUACAGCUUCACUAAAUGAGCGAUGUGCAUUGAUGCAUCAAGUGUUUGUACUUCACUUUACUUUAGUCCAGUUUUACUCUUUAUACGCCUCAAGUAUUGUCUAACAACUAUCGAAAGCUCGAAAGAACGAUUGUGAUAGAGAAAUGCGCGUAUCGUAUUGCGAGAAAUCGACGUUUGGAAACGCGAUUUUCUCAAGAAGAAAGAGAAUUAUCGACGCAUUUUAAGACAGCAACGUUAUCGGGCCACACACCGUAAGAAACGGUUGAAAAAUUCUUUUGAGACUAUCGCAAAAUCUUUUGGGAAUCUUUAAGGAAUUCAAAUGUGUUAAAUAUCUCUGUAAUGUACUUAAUGUCAAAAAAAAGAUCACAAAAGACGUUAAAAAUUUAUGUUCCAACGAUAUUGUAGUAUUUUGCGAUACAUAGGUGAUACAGUAAUGCAAUAUCGAAGUUACAGGUUUUAAAGUGAGCUAUCAGAUCUCUAGCACUUGUAUACAUUUCUAUGUAUAUCAGAAAAAAAUUUGAUAUUAAAAUAUUUCGUAAAAUCCUUGAAGCACGAAUUUUACGCAGAUAUACAAUCAUGUGAUUGUUUUUUAUUUUUUAAUUAACACCGGAUAUUGUAAAUUUGAAAAAUGCUUGGAAAUUUGCUUGAUCGCGAAAUAAUAGUUUAUGUAAUUGGAGAAAAGAAUUGAAACCUGUAUAACUUUUUAAUGAUGUUAUUAGUCGAACUAUUGCUUUUAAAGAUUUCUAAUAUAUAUAUUUAUAUCUCUUUUUAUCUUUUGAAAAUUAAACUUUUUCAGAUUUCAAUUUUUAUAGGACAAUUGAAUUGUAAAAAGUUCCUGACUUUAAGGAUUGAAGAUAGUACAAGGCUAUAUUCGAAAUAUUUUCGAACAAUUAAUGCGAAUUUAUUCUCCCUUUUAUCGUCGGGCAAGCCAAAGUUUUCUCAUUUUUUUAUAGAGUAUUCUCAAGUU